CAGAACCAACCAAUCACAGUCGUCCGAUGUUUACCCCGCCUCUAUCAGUUUUUUCCCCCCUAACACUACUACAUCAUAUAAGGACUUAACUUGUGUUUUACUGUCCACUUCACCCUGAUUACUCCACAGCAGCUGGGGCAGUGCACAGUUUAAGAGAUUUAACUUCCAAAAUCAGUCAUGGCUGGGAAAGUUGUGCUGCACUACUUCAAUGGGAGAGGGAAAAUGGAGUCAAUCCGUUGGCUUUUGACCGUUGCAGAGGUCGAGUUUGAUGAGGUGUAUCUGACAACUCGAGAGCAGUAUGAAAAAAUGCUGAGUGAUGGAGACCUCAUGUUUCAACAGGUUCCUCUGGUGGAAAUUGAUGGCAUGAAGCUCAUUCAGACAAAAGCAAUCUUGCACUACAUCGCAGAGAAAUACAAUCUUCAUGGAAAAGAUAUCAAAGACCGUGUCAUGAUCAACAUGUACUCAGAGGGACUGAUCGAUCUCAUGGAAAUGAUCAUGAUUUUGCCCUUCAGCGCUGAUAAAGAGGAAAAACUGGAAAACAUUCAAAGUAAAGCAAAAGGCCGCUACCUUCCUGUGUUUGAAAAGGCGCUGUCUGGGUCCAUAUACCUGGUGGGAGGUAAUCUAAGCUGUGCUGAUGUGCAGCUGAUGGAAUGCACUCUGAUGCUGGAGGAGAAAUUUCCUGGAAUCCUCGCCGACUUUCGCAACGUCAAGUCUUUCCAGGGUAGGAUGACCCGGAUUCCCGCCAUCGGCAGGUUCCUGGAGCCAGGCAGCAACAGGAAGCCGCAGCCAGAUGACACCUAUGUGAAGACUGUCUUGGAGGUGUUCAAUGUCACCAAAUUACCACUGAAAUAAACUUCAUACAUUAUUAUAUCUGUUGGUUUAUGUUGAGAUGAAUACUGCACUAUCCAUCACUAAUCUAAUUAGCAUGACAGGAAUCUAUGUAAUCCUUAAUUACACUACAUGGGUGUUUUUAAUGUGAAGGUUCUACUAAAUAAAUGGUUAAUUUUUGAGGAACAUUUAAGAAA